AUGGUUUUUUGUCAUAAAAACUCAAGACUUUUUGUAGUGGCUUGUUGGUAACAUUUAUCGCAGCGCGGUUCGGUUUCUGCCGAAGAUUGCCGGAGCUGCUUCGAGUUGCUUCGAGUUCUGAAUGCAGAUUACUUUUGUGAUAAUAAUUAUCUAAUUUUUCGGUUUAUCGUUAUUUUUCAAUUUUCACGCUCAACUUAUUACUCUAGAAUAGUUUAGAUAUUUUUCGUGCAUGAAAUCAAGUUUAUUCUUGACCAGUGAAUAAUUGGGUACAUGUAAAGUAGAAGUGCAAAGAGAAGAACGUAACACUGCGAGUACAUCAUUGCCAGCUUCUUUGUAAAUUAAAGUGUUUUUCUAAUCGAAAUGGCAGCUGUAGUGAGUAGUGAAGGAAGAUUUCUAAUUUAUAAUCAACCAUUUAUUCGAAGUGUUUAUCGAGCUGCAUCAUGGUGGGCCAAUGUGGAGAUGGGACCACCGGAUGCAAUUUUAGGUGUUACCGAAGCUUAUAAACGUGAUACGAAUCCGAAAAAAGUCAAUUUGGGCGUAGGAGCUUACAGAGACGAUAAUGGGAAACCAUAUGUUCUACCUAGUGUUUUGAAAGCUGAAGAAUAUUUAGCAGCUGCGAAGCUGGAUAAAGAAUACGCUCCCAUUUCUGGUUUAGCUGAUUUCUGUAAAUCAAGCAUACAGUUAGCUUUAGGAGACGAUAGUACGCAUUUGAAAAACGAAGUGAAUGCUACCGUUCAAGGUAUUUCCGGCACUGGUUCUUUAACGAUCGGAGCUAAGUUUUUAAAAUCCUUUUUCCCCGGCGAAAAAUGCGUUUGGCUUCCGGCCCCUACUUGGGGAAAUCACAUUCCGAUAUUCAAGCAUUCAGGAUUGGAAGUGAAACAUUAUCGGUACUAUGAUGCGAGCACUUGUGGAUUUGACUUUGGUGGAGCUAUCGAAGAUAUUAAGACCAUUCCUGAAAAAUCAGUCAUCCUAUUACAUGCUUGUGCUCAUAAUCCAACCGGCGUUGAUCCUAAACCUGAACAGUGGAAAGAGAUUUCAAAAGUUAUUAAAGAUCGCGGACUAUUUCCUUUCUUCGAUAUGGCUUAUCAAGGAUUUGCAUCUGGUGAUGUUACGAAGGAUGCCUUUGCUGUCAGAUUAUUCUUAGAAGAUGGUCACCAAGUAGCGUUAUCUCAAUCGUUUGCUAAAAACAUGGGCCUCUAUGGUGAAAGAGCCGGAGCAUUUUCUGUGAUCACCGAAAGUAAAGAUGAAGCUGCUCGUGUUCUCUCUCAGUUGAAAAUUUUGAUCCGUCCACUAUACUCUAAUCCACCUAUCCAUGGAGCGAAAAUAGUAGCCAAAAUUUUAACCGAUUCGGAGCUUAAAGCGCAGUGGCUGAAGGAAGUGAAAGGAAUGGCGGAUAGAAUAAUUUCAAUGAGAACGCAAUUAAAAGAUUAUUUGCUUCAGAAAGGAUCGAAACAAGAUUGGAGCCAUAUCACCGAUCAAAUUGGAAUGUUCUGUUUCACUGGAUUAAAACCAGCUCAAGUUGAAAGAUUAACGAAAGAGUUCAGCAUCUAUUUAACCAAGGACGGCAGAAUUUCCAUGGCUGGCGUUUCUUCGAAAAAUGUUGAAUAUUUGGCCCAUGCGAUGCACGAAGUUACCAAAAAUUGAAGCCGUUGUUAUUUAUGUCUACCUCUUACCUUAAUGCUCAUUUUAAAUGAACACAUUUUCACAUAAUGUUAUUGCAUUUUUUAAAAAAAAUACUAGGACCAUUUAAUGGCAAUUUAAGAACCGAUGUUCCUUUUUUCAGGCAUUGAAACGGAAAUAAACAUUGUACCAAGAAUGAUUGUGAGUUAAAUUCUAUUAUUGUACCAUUGUGAAACACAUUUUAUUCUGCAUUUUUUAGAAGCUAAGUUUCGUUGAUUUAUUUUAUUUCUAUAUUGUCUUUCAAGUUUCAAUCUACUGAAUACGUUUAAUUUUUGAAUAAAAAAUCUCGAGUUC